UUUUCUAAACUACUGACGUUUUGCAGCAUUGCAUAAACAUAAAACAAUCCAUCCUUGAUAUGGAAUGCAAGGGCGGAUGACAGCGCAGUGCAGCCCCCUUGGCUUCGAUUGAUUUACGCCGAGACUGACGCUUUAUCAGGCACACGAAAAAAGUUUGACCAAUCAUUUUGCUGGGAGCUCACAACACAGCAGCCCAACUGUACUUUGUUGGCUAGGAAGUUCGAGAAGGGGGUAGAGUACAAAUCUAGAUCUGUCCUAUAUAUUUUUUUCCCUUCAUUGAACCGUGCUUUGUAUGAUGUCUGAGAAUGUCCAUUUCUGGGACUCUUAGCAAUUAUUAUGUCGACUCUAUUAUAAGUCAUGAAAGUGAAGACUCGCCUUCAGCCAAAUUUCCAUCUGGGCAAUAUACAAGUUCCAGGCAAGCUGGGCAUAAUGAACAUCUAGAAUUCCCCUCUUGUAGUUUUCAGCCAAAACCUCCAGUUUUCAGCGCCUCCUGGACUCCUUUGAAUCCACAUUCUUCUGGUACCCUUCCUGCCGUCUACCAUCCAUAUAUUCAACAUCAAAGCGUCCCAUCUGAUAGCAGGUAUCUACGGAGCUGGCUGGAUCCAGUGCCCAGAGCAGAGAACCUCCCCGGGCAGGGAUCUGUUAAGGCAGAGCCGCUGCUGGGCCGUCCCGGGGAUGUCCAUAAACAGGGAACACAGGAGUACAAUUUAGAAACUUCUGCUGCAAGGGAAGGGAUCGUUUCCAAUCAAAGGCCCAGCUUCGAGGACAAUAAAGUUUGUGAAGGAAGCGAAGACAAAGACAGAACAGAUCAAACCAACCCAGCUGCCAGCUGGCUUCACGCCCGUUCCUCCAGAAAAAAGCGAUGCCCUUACACGAAAUACCAGACCCUGGAACUAGAGAAGGAGUUUUUGUUCAAUAUGUACCUGACGAGGGACCGUAGACAUGAAGUGGCCAGACUCCUCAACCUGAGUGAGAGACAAGUCAAAAUCUGGUUUCAGAACCGAAGGAUGAAAAUGAAGAAAAUGAACAAGGAACAGGGCAAAGAGUGAAAACCAGAAAAGCAGCACCCCUCCCUCCUUACCCAGCCUCUGUGGCCGCGCACCGAACUGUAGUGCUAACAUAAAUAACCCAAACAACGGGAAAACCUUCCCGUUUCCCAUCUCCACCUUUGCAUGAUGCGAGAUGUUGUUUAUUAUUUUUAUCUUCUUAGUGUUGUCACGUAUGAGGCAACUUAGGAAAAACUGCAGCUCCUCUUUGGAGACACAUGCUGCGUUUUGUUUCUAUUUUCUUGUCGUCUUUCUCUAUUAUUAUUAUUAUUUUUUUUUUUUUUUCUUCUUCUCCCUACAGCGUUACAUAGACACAGGCUCCUGUCUGAGCAGCAGCUUUCUCUGCUUGCAUUUUCUCCAUGGAAGGCAAGACGGCAAACAAAACUGGCCACAAACAGCUCUGGUCCAAGCUCCCAUCAAACCACGCUGUCUUUCUUUAUCCACGUAAGGACAAAGAUUCUCUGUAACACUCAGAACACCACGGUGCAUGCAGGCACACAAACACACAGACACAAACGCUGAGGUGGCCAAGGAACCAGACGAUUUAAUUAAACUACUGCAAGACAGACACAUUCGUAAGACUUGCGUUUAAUUGCACCCAACAAAUCAUUUUCAAUUCGUCAACAUUACACUGGGCAAGUCGGUUAGUGACAGCCCAACUCCCAGCUGCACUGGGUUUCUUUAUUUCUUUUCCUUUUUUUCCUUUUUUUUUUUUUUUUUUUGGUUGGUUUUAUUAUGCGGAAUUUUUAUUUCAAUCUUGCCAUGGCAGCAGAUACGUGACUUUGAUCUGGAAGUUUAGUAGGAUCUUUACAGGCAAACAUCCUCAUACGGUAGCUUUAUAUUGGGUCACUUGGAAGAGGAGAAAAGACGGGGAGAGAGACGAGAGUGCGUGUGGGGGGCACUCUCAGAGCCGCAUUGUAAAUUAUUCAGGAGAAAAGGGGGCGGAAGAACCCCUGCCAACUUAUUCCUAACUUUUAGAGGACAGGAAGAAUGGGAUUUUCUAGUUUAAAAACUACCUUAGUAGAGCUGUAAGAGAGGGAAAGGUUGUGUUCUUAGUGCUAGCAUAUUUAUAAUUUAUUGUGAAUUGACUUUUCCUAAAGCAGUAGGCUGUUGCAGAGAUAAAGUGCCAACCAUAGAGUGUGUGUAUUUCUUCCCCCUCCCGUUUGCCGAGAUGCUUUUAAUACUCCGGUGUUGUGUUUUUUUUGCUUGCUCUAUGGUGAAGCGAGCUCACGGCAUGUUUUCCCACUGCGACCCCCUUCACUUCGGGGCCCGGUGCCUGGCCGGCCCCGGGGCCGCCGCCUCCCCGGGGAGGGAGCCCCGGCCCGCGGGUGGCAGCGGGGGUUGCGGCGGCUCCGCGGCUUGGCAUUCACCCACCCUUUUCCCGAAGAACAUCCAGUGUAACAAAUAUAGACCCUGAUUGUUUACAAACGAGGUCUCAUGUCAUGCCGGACGGAGCUGGUUUCUCAUCUGACAGAUCCGCUGGAGGUUUCUCUGAACCGUUCGUGCGGGACUGGUUUUCCUUUAUCUCUGUAAGACUUAACUUUGUUUUGGGAAGGGGGGAGGGAGAGGGUGGCGGGUGGGUUAGUAGGAGUUGAUUACAUGGUGGCUAUUGUAAAAUGUGUUUGUGGUUGUGUUUCUGUGAAUGUUGAAGCUCGUUUUCUGUUUCUAUUGUGUCUUUUAAGUAUACAAAGAGUUCUUCAGUUGUUAGUUGAUGGAAAAUACCGAAAUAAACCUCUCUCUUUUUUUUU